AUGUCUAAUUCUCCAAAUAUUCUUGGAGGACGGAUGAGAUUGAACGACGGUAAUGAAAUGCCGAUGAUUGGUUUGGGUAUUUCGCGUAUAAAUGGCCAGCAGAGCAUCAGUAAUUCUGUCCGAACAGCACUGGAAGCCGGAUAUAGACUCUUCGAUACCGCACAGUUAUAUGCAAAUGAAGGUGAAUUAGGAGUAGCUCUGGAGGAGUAUUUGCCGAAGUAUGGGCUGCAACGAGAGGAUGUUUUCAUAACAACAAAAGUACAAACAAAGGAUGGAGAUGCUACGAUGUGGGCUGAAGAAAGUGUUUUGGGGUCGCUGAAAAAACUCAGGACUAAGUAA